AUCUUCAAUACAGUGAGAGAAGAAGAAGGAGCAGAAGAUAUUUUUGAAUAUUUCCCUCAUCUUCUGAGAAAGCUCCCAACAUUUGAUACAGACUGUAUAUGCAAAGGUGAUGGGUUUUGUGUAAAACCAUGUGUAACAGGUGCUUACUGUCAAUAUCGUGCCACUUUACAGAGGACUGCACUCUCUAACUAUGUAACUGGUGCUUUACUAGAAGCAACUACAUCAUUAGGAGCAAGAAGUGGUCUUUUAAAUAUCGUCGGAGGAUCAACUGGAAGAACAAUGCUUAAAGAACGUCAAGCAUGUACAUCUAUGGCUGGCUCCAGCAUCCUUCCCUCCAACGUGGCUGGUAUCAGCAAAGAGUUGAUUGAACUGCAGCACCUCAUCCAGUUCCCGGAGGAGGUUGCCAGCAUUCUGACCGAGCAGGAGCAGGAGCUCUACCGGAAAGUCUUACCCAUUGACUACCUCUGCUUUUUAACCAGGGAUUUGGGUAACGCUGAAUGCCAAAGCAAGCUGCCAUCUAUUAAAGCUUCCAUAUCUGCUACUAUUCUUUCUUCCCCAAAUGGUGAACAUAAUGCUGUAGAAGAUCUUGUGACAAGGUUUAACGAGGUGAGCUCGUGGGUUACCUGGCUGAUCCUGACUGCAGGUUCUAUGGAGGAGAAACGAGAAGUCUUCUCAUACUUAGUACAUGUGGCAAAAUGCUGCUGGAAUAUGGGCAACUACAAUGCUGUAAUGGAAUUUCUGGCAGGGCUAAGGUCAAGAAAAGUUUUAAAAAUGUGGCAAUUUAUGGACCAGUCUGAUAUUGAAACCAUGCGAAGUCUGAAAGAUGCUAUGGCACAACACGAGUCAUCAUCUGAGUACAGGAAGGUGGUCAACCGGGCACUCAAUAUUCCGGGCUGUAAAGUCGUUCCUUUCUGUGGUGUAUUUUUAAAAGAGCUUUGUGAAGUUUUGGAUGGAGCAUCAAGCCUCAUCAGACUCUGUCCACGAUACAACUCCCAGGAUGAAACAUUAGAGUUUGUUUCAGAUUACACUGGACAAGAUAAUUUCUUGCAACGAGUAGGCCAAGAUGGUUUAAAUAAUCCAGAAAAAGAAUCAACAGCAAACAAUAUCUUUCAAACUAUUCGGAGCUGCAAUCGCAGCUUGGAAUCUGAAGAGGGUGAAGAUAAUUUUAGUGAAGGGAGCAAUUCAAGAAAAAACUCUUUGAAGGACAAAAACCGGUACCAAUUUAUAAUUGGAGAUCUUUCAGAUUCUGAAAGUGAUAUAUUUGAGCAGUUGAAGGAGUGGGACACCAAUUCAACAGAAGAGCAACAAAAGGCUUUCUGCCAUGGGAUAGAACUCAUUCCCUGGUAUGUGUUGUCUAUCAGGGCUGAUGUCCAUCAGUUCAUGCAACAAGGGGCCACCGUCAUUCAUUAUGACCAGGAGACACAUCUCUCAGCACGUUGCUUUCUUCAACUUCAGCCUGACAAUAGUACUUUGACUUGGACAAAACCCACAACAGUUUGCCCUGCAAAUUCUAAGGCAAAACUGAGUAUGCUGGGUAAUGCUGCUGAGCUUGGUAAAUACCAGUUCCUUGGUAAUGCUGGACUAGUGGAAGGUUUUUUGGACUUGUUUUCAGCCAAGGCUGUAUAUAUGGGACACUCUGGCAUUGAUAUGCACACUGUGUGUGUUCAAAAUAAACUUUGUAAUAUGGCCCUUGAAGAAAAUGGUAUAACACUACUUUAUGGACUUCAGACUACUGAUAAUAAGUUGCUGCACUUUGUUGCUCCAAAAUAUACUGCCAGAAUGCUAUAUGAUGGAUUGCUGGAAUUGAUUAAAGCUGUAAGAAAAAUGAGGAGAUUUCCUGAUCAAAGACUACAAUGGCUACGGAAACAGUAUGUCAGCCUUUACCAGGAGGAUGGAAGGUUUGAAGGCCCAACCUUGGCUCAGGCCGUUGAACUGUUUGGAGGCAGACGGUGGAGUGCAAGAAACACAAGCACAGGAACUCUCACCAAAAGCACCGAGAAACCUAGUGUACAGCGAAACAACACUCUGGGAAUAAGCACAGCCAAGAAAAAGAAGAAAGUACUCAUGAGGGGUGAAAGUGGAGAGGCCGCUGAUGACGAAAUGGCAACUCGGAAGGCAAAAAGCUGUAAGGAAUAUCGUAAUAGAAGUGGUUCGGAUCCUCAAGAUAUUGAUGAACAAGAAGAACCAGAUCAAAAUAUUAUUAUUAAUGCUUCUCCAUCUAAUAAUCUGCCAUCAAGAAGAGCUCACUCUCUGACAGCAUCUGGAUCUCCUAAUUUAGGAGCUACAACAUCUUCACCAGCAAGACCAGUCUCCUCUCCUGUAAUGUCUUCAAGCAAGAGUCAGUCUAGCACAUGGAGCAGCAGUAGCUGGCAUGGCCGCGUUAAAGGAGGAAUGAAGGGGUUUCAGAACUUCAUGGUGUCUGAUAGUAACAUGACUUUUGUGGAGUUUGUAGAGCUCUUCAAAUCUUUCAGUGUCCGUAGCCGCAAGGAUCUGAAAGACCUUUUCGAUGUCUAUGCUGUGCCUUGCAAUCGAUCUGGUUUAGAGCCUGCUCCACUUUACACUAAUUUGAAGAUUGAUGAAAAUAGCAGUGGAUUUCAGCCUGAUUUAGAUCUGUUGACUAGGAAUGUUUCAGACCUUGGUUUGUUCAUUAAGAGCAGGCAGCAACUGUCAGACAACCAGAGGCAAAUAUCUGAUGCUAUUGCUGCUGCCAGUAUCGUAACCAAUGGUACUGGAGUUGAAAGCACAUCGCUGGGAGUAUUUGGAGUGGGAAUCCAGCAGCUAAACGACUUCCUAGUGAAUUGCCAAGGAGAGCACUGUACCUAUGAUGAAAUCCUCAGUAUUAUCCAGAAAUUUGAACCCAGUGUGAAUAUGUGCCAGCAGGGGCUGCUAUCUUUUGAAGGAUUUGCAAGGUAA